AUGCCUCCCAAGAAGAGUGCCGAUCAGGAUGGGUCUCCCAUCGGCCUCACUGAUGGUGAGCUCCGAUUCAUCAAAGCAAUUUUCGACAAUAUGACCCAGAAACCGGACGCUGACUGGGAUGCUGUCGCCAACACGGUCAGUCUCAAGGACGCCAAAUGCGCCAAGGAGCGCUUCCGUCAGAUGUCCGUCCGUCAUGGCUGGCGCAGCGAUGGCGCUGGAGCUGGUCCCAGUCCUCGCAAGCCCUCUGCUUCGACCUCCAGCCCAAGAAAGUCUCCUGCUGCUGUGAGAAAGCCACGAAAGACCACCACCGCUCGCAGCCCCUCCAAGAAGACCUCCAAGAAGGCUGAUGAUGAUGACGAGGAAGUCAAGGAGGAAGCUCAGUCGGAGGAGAAGAAGGAGAUCAAGUCUGAAGUCGAUGAUGAUGACACCAACUAA